AGCAGGGCUCAUUCCACAUUCCGCUCCGUCCGCCCCAAGCGCCUGCCCCAGUCCAAGCAGAAGGAAGCCGGCCCCGUCGUCGAUAAAAUGAUGCAAGUUUCCCAGUUCCGAGCACUGCGCCGCGCACAGUCGGUCGCACACGCCCGCCCGGUGCAGUCGGCGCUGGCCCGAGCCUUCUCGGCGCAGAGCGACGUGGACGUGGAGGUCUGCGAGGAGGAGAUGCUGCGCGCGCUCGACAAGUUCCAGAAGGACGCGGCCAGCAACACCGUGCCGUGGUUCCUCGAGAACAUGCCGCCCUCGUACUUCCGCUCCGUGCACGAGGAGGACCGCAUGCAGCACCUGAACGCCAUCACGGCGCUGCUCGGCGCUGAGCAGCCCGAGGUGCUGCUGCGCUCGCCCGACCAGACGGUCUUCUCGCACUUCCGUUCGGGCGCCAACUUCCCCGGACGUCUGGCCAACGUGCUGGACCAGCUCCCGCAGACGGUGGACGGCGCCACGCUGGCCCGUGUCAAGAUCUUCACAGCCCUGGACGACUCGCUUGGCCUCGACAUCUUCCGCUUCGGUCAGCAGGAGCCCUUCCUGAACAAGACCGAGGAUGAGAAGCAGGCUCGCGCCGCCAUCCAGCAGUUCUGCGCCGACAUCCAGGCCGGCAAGUACGCCGGCCAGGCCUGCUACCCCGUGGCCGGCCCGCACUUCGAGCCUGAGGCCGUCGACGCCUUCCUCAACCAGAGCAACACCAUGUACGUGCAGUUCAGCAACCCCCGCCGUCUCGCCAAGCAGAUGGAGCUGUUCCAGCGCGUGCGCGGCACCGAGGGUGUGUCCGUCGACGUCGAGCACAACUGGGAGACCCGCAACGAGGAGAACAAGUACGCCGCGAGCGGCGUCCCGCAGACCAUGCUGACCAUCGCGGCCUCCAACGUCAUCCCCAAGAGCUUCAUGCAGAAGGCCGCCACCUACCUGGGUCUGUGCAACCUCAACGUGGUGCGUGCUCACCUCGACGUGGUCAAGGACACCGAGAGCAACAACGGUGACGGCCACGUGGCCAUGAUCCGCAUCCUGGUGCAGCCCAGCGAGCAGGCCCUGGCCGACAACUUCGAGUUCGAGUGGUCCAAGAUUUCGGGCAACCUCAAGUACCUCAAGUGGGUGGACGACCGACCCGUGCACCUGACGCUGCAGCACCCCGACCUGGGCAUCUCGCGCGCCGAGCUCAUCUACGCCUACGGCAACAUGCUGCACGGUGUUCUCGCAAAGAAGGACCCGUUCGCGUACUCGCUGACCCGCAUCAUGGAGACGCUCGAGCACGAGCAGCACCUGCCGUUCGCUUCGCGUAUCUCGGACUUCUUCCUGAGGAAGUUCGACCCGCAGCAGCAGGCUCUGACCGACGCCGAGCAGGACGCCAUUGUGGACGAGAUCAAGGCCGACGUCCGCCGCAACGUGGAGCAGGAGGACGCCAUCGUGCUGCUCAACAGCAUGGCCGACGCCGUCCGUGGCACGCUCCGCACCAACAAGUUCGUGCGCGAGCGCUACGCUCUGUCGCUCCGCAUGGACCCCAAGGUUAUGGGCUACGGCACCGUGGGCAAGGACACUCCUUUCGGCGUCUUUUUCAUCUACGGCCGUCGCUUCAAGGGCUUCCACGUCCGCUUCCGUGACAUUGCUCGCGGUGGUCUCCGCAUGGUGUACCCCAGCUCCACGGACGCCCACGCGCUCGAAAGCGCUCGCCAGUACAACGAGGCGUACAACCUCGCGUUCGCCCAGCAGCUCAAGAACAAGGACAUCCCGGAGGGUGGCUCCAAGGCUGUGGUGCUGUGCGACCCCAUCGUCGGACCCGUUGGCGAUGUCGCCCCGCGUGACUUUAUCAUCCGUAAGAGCGUCAAGGCCUUCUCAGACGCGCUGCUCGACCUGAACACCACCGACGAGGCUGUCAAGGAGAAGGUCGUGGACUACUACGGCCAGGACGAGCUGAUCUACCUUGGCCCGGAUGAGAACAUCAUCCCCGAAGACAUCACGUGGAUGACGAACCGUGCUGCGGACCGCGGCUACCCGGUGCCGCGCGCCUUCAUCAGCUCCAAGCCCGACGCUGGUUUCAACCACAAGGUCUACGGUGUCACCAGUGAGGGUGUGGCUGUCUUCGCUGACGUCGCCCUGCGCUCGCAGAACAUCGACCCCACCAAGGAGCCCUUCACGGUGAAGAUCACCGGCGGAACUGAUGGCGAUGUAGCUGGCAAUGUGAUCAAGAUCCUGCACCGCGAGUACGGUAACAACCUGCGCGUUGUCGGCAUUUGCGACGGCACGGGUGUGGUCGAGGACCCGCAGGGCCUCGACAUGGGCGAGCUGCUGCGUCUCGUGGACGAGUCGCUGCCGCUGUCCAGCUUCGACGCCACCAAGAUCUCGGCGGCGACGGGCGUCAAGCACGACAUCAACACGGCCGAGGGCAUCCGCGCUCGUAACUCGAUGCACAACCGCGUCAAGAGCGACCUGUUCAUCCCCGCUGGUGGCCGCCCCAACACCAUCAACGAGCACAACUGGCGCGACUACCUCGACGCGGACGGAAAGCCGUCGUCGAGCCUGAUCGUGGAGGGCGCCAACCUGUUCAUCACGCCCGAGGCGCGUCAGCUGCUGUUCGACAACGCCGGUGUGGUCAUCGUCAAGGACAGUUCGGCCAACAAGUGCGGUGUGGUGUGCUCGUCGUACGAGAUCGUGGCCAGCAUGCUGCUCGAGACCGACGAGUUCCUCGCCGUCAAGGACGAGCUUGUCGUCGAGGUCGUCGACAAGCUGCGCGCGCUGGCCCGCGUGGAGGCCCAGCUGCUCUUCCGCGAGUACAAGAAGGACCCGUCGUCGGCGCUGCCGCCAGCCAGCGAGCGCAUCAGUCGCGCGAUCACCCGCGUGCACGACGCCGUCCUGGCCCACUUCGACGACGUGUGCGAGGAGGACCAGCAGAUCCUCUUCACGCUCAUCGAGGAGCACCUGCCGCCCAAGCUCCGCGAGCUGGCGCUGCACCGCGUGCACCAGAACGUGCCGCUCGCCUACAUCCGCUCGAUCGUGGCCUCGAGCCUGGCCAGCAAGAUCGUGUACCGCGAGGGCCUGCAGUUCACGGAGGCGCUGCCGGAGGGCAACCUGGGCGACAUGGCCCUGCAGUACCUCAAGCAGGAGAAGAAGGUGCAGCGCCUCGUGCAGGACGUGCGCUCCUCGCAGCUCGCGAACAAGGACGACAUCGCCGACCUCAUUGCUCGCGGUGGCGUUCGCGCUGGCAUGGACACCCCCAACUAAAUUGUGCAUUAAGGGUUAACUGAUAGGAGGGUAGCAGGGUAGUAGACGUGUAUGUAUCGCUCGAAGAAAGCUUUCGAUUUCAACUGUU